UCCACAUCACGAGCUCACGCGCUGCUCCGGCAGGUGAAUCAUAUAUCAUAAUUUCUACAUUCUGGUCGUUCUAAGAUAUUCCACAAGCGAUUCAAAGGCAGAAGAUGGAGAUUCGACAUUGCACAGAUCGACGUUUCGAAAAUAUUUGUGAUUCAACGAAGGCACUCCUCACUCAUGAAGACACAGGGUAUGUAUCAACCUAUUAUGAGAGGUCAGCUAUGAGGCUGUUGACAGAACAUGGCCGGAUAUUCAUCAAAGGGAGAUCUGGUUCUGGCAAGUCAAGGCUUGGUAUCAGACUUCUGGCAACACUAUCUGAAAACAAAAGUAGAACACCUGUUUUACUAACCUCAGCUGAAGAAUGGAAAUUGAUACCCAAAACAACUGCCCAUGAUCGACGCAGGUACAUUGUGAUGUUAGAUGAUGUAUUUGGAUCCAGUAAUUUUGUCCCUUCAAGUGUAGAUGGAUGGAAAAGAACAUUUGAUAUUAUGUGGCCAUCAAUUGAAUCAAAACAUAUUUUUCUUGUUAUCACAUCAAGACCAGAGAUAAGUAUUCAGUGUGAGAAUGAACUGAAGAAAUAUGACUUGAUGCAGGACAUGCCUUGUGUCACGUUGGAUGAGGGAGAAUAUAUACUUCAGGAGAGUGAAAAAAGAAAAAUGCUGCAAACUAUCUGUCCAACCAAAAGUGGCUUGAUGCCAAAAGAAAUACAAGAUAUUGCUUCAGCAAGAGCAACUCUUGGUUUUCCUCAGUGUUGCAAGUUUUUUGCAAGCAGUAAGCAAGCACAGUCUAAAGGAGUGAGCUUCCUUUUUCAGGCCGCAUGACUAUGUCUUGGAGGAGAUAGACAGACUAAAAGAAAGCGACAGUUUAGGGUACCUUGUUCUACUUCUGGUACUCAUGCAAAAUGGAUGCAUGAAAAAAACACUACUAGAAAGGAGAACAAAAGAGUUAAGCAAUAUGCUUGAAACUUUAAAGGAUGUGUGCGCAGACAUGCCUGUAUUGUUUCCAAGUCUUGUUAGAAUCCGAGAAAAAGCUGAUGCACUCUGUGGUGUAUACUUAGUACUCAGUGCAGACGGAUAUAAGUUUCAGCAUCAGUCAAUAUCAGAGUGUGUAUUCAUCACCUUGUCAAACAUCGACACCAACUUAUGCAUCGAAGCAUGUCCUGUACCACUGCUUUUAGAGCUCAUUCAAACGAGAGUAAAUGAUCAAAAUGAGAAUGAAAUAGUGAUAUUAUUGACUGAGGAUCACUAUCCUGCGUUUGCUGAUAGAAUUACAAAACUAUUGUUAACCUCAACUUCAUCAAAAGAAAUCUUGAACCAUACCGCUUUUCAGGAUGAUGACUUCAUUCGGUGUUUGGUAUCCAAAUGGACAUCUGAAGGUAAAGUGCCAAUUAUUUGGCAGCAUAACUUUGAAUCAAAAACACAAAUGUGGUUCACAAGUCAGCAACCAACGUCAUUUAGCAUCAAUGUGGCAUUGUUUGAAUUUCAGAAAAUUGUUCCGUUUCUGAUUCUAAAGAAUAUCAAAACGCUUGUGGACACUUUGAUUGCAUUGAAUAAAGAUGAAGGUUCAGAUGUCCUCCAGGAGUGUUUACCUUGUGCAGUUUAUGUUGGCAGAAACGACCUUGUGAAGACCCUACUUGAUUAUGGAGCCACACCAGAUGACAGUUUGUCCAGCAAGACAUAUAGACACCGAUGUGGCAGAUACCAUUUUCAAAGUUGUUGUGGCAGUGCACGAGGAGGUUGAUGGAGCGGAUCCCGAUAAAAAGUUGACAUGGGAUUCCAUAUCCAAUCUAAGAGAUCUCUUCUGGCUAGCAGUAAUGAAUGGAAACGUACAUAUUGUACAAUUACUUGUCAAAAGGUUAAAGAGUGAAACAAACAGUUUGACAAUCUUCAAGAAUGCCUUGGUAGGUCUUGUCAAGGAACUUAGUAAAGGCCAUAGAUGUCCAGUAUUUACGCCCUAUAACAUGACACACCUGAGUGAAAUAAUUAAAAUUCUCCUGGGCACAGGAUGCAAGGUAGAUCUUGAGUAUCUCAUUUUGCAGGCAGCAACCCACACUGAUGCUACUGCGUUACGUCUUUUUCUUGCACAAGGUGUACAUGUGGAUGAUAUAUAUGUUGCAAAAGAAGACGUUUACAGCACCGAAGAUUAUUAUCCAACACCUUUACAGCAAGCAGCAGCUUAUGGAGGGGAGGAUUGUCUGGAAGAAAUCCUCAGUUGUUCACAUCUAAUUAGCAGUAACCAUUCAUUAUUGCACACUGCAGUUAAACAUGGUAACACUGAGUGUGCGUCCUUGCUCAUUCAGAAAGGCGUCCCAGUCAAUACACUGGACAGAAAUGGCAAUGCACCUCUUCAUGUUGCUGUCAAACACAACCAGUUGAAAAGUAUUGAGCUACUACUUUCAAAGCAUGCAUCUGUUGACAUAGAAAACAGUGAUGGGUGUAUACCAUUAUUAUGUAUGGAAUAUGCAUCCCCUCCCGACAUAAACAUUGUUGCAACUCUUAUAGAUGCAGGAAGCAAUAUUAAUGAGGUUGAUAAACAACAAAGGACACUACUUUAUAAAGCAGCAGAGUACGGUGACCUGGCUACUGUGAAGUACUUAUGCAACAAAGGCGCCAACGUGAAUAUUGACACACAACAGUUCAACAUUUCCUGUAUGGCAAUCAAAGAUGAACAAAGGCUGUGUAAGAGAGUUAUUCUUGCUGCGUGCAGAAAUGCUGAUAUUGACACCGUAAAGUUGCUCUGUGAACAUGGUGCUGAUGUUGACAUAGUUGACGUCAAUGGGGAAACAGUAAUACACAAAGCUGCUGCAUCCCGAAUCGAUGCUGUAGAGAAACUUCAAUAUCUUCUGGACAUCAAACAGGUGCCUCUUAGUAUACCAGACAAUUCUGGAAGGACGGCCUUAUUUCCAGCAGUGAUGUCAGCUUUACAAACUGGGUAUUUGGAAGUUCUGCACUUUCUUGCGUCUCGAAAGAUGGACCUCAAGCAAAGGGAUACUUAUGGGGACAGUUUACUGUUAUAUGCAUUAACCCUAAACCCAUUGGAUUCAAAGCAUACUGCAUCAGAAGGCUUCAUUAACCUGAUGCUAAGCCAUGGAAUUGAUCCAAACAUAAAGAACCUACAAGGAAGAGCAGUGCUUCACUAUGCUGCAGUCAGGAUGACAAAGGACAAACUAACCUUGCUCCUAGACGGAGGUGCUGAUCCGUGUGUUCAAGAUGAAACUGGACAGACUGUGCUCCAUUAUGCUGUAAAGAAACGAAGUGUUGACAAUGCGAGGUUGUUCUUAGAAAAGGGUGCCGAUCCAUGUGUUCAGGACCAAGACGGUAAAACAGCCCUUCACUUUGCAGUAGAAUUGAAAGAUUCUGACACUGUUAAGCUGCUCCUUAAUAAAAGAGCUGACCCUUGUGUAUCCGAUAACUAUGGCAGGGAUGCCUUGUUUUACGCUGUAAAAGGCCAGAGUAGUCUCAUCAUGAAAUUACUCCUGCAAAAUGGAGCCAAUCCUUGUGUACAGGAUAGGUAUGGCACUACAGUACUUCACAUUGCUGCGAGGUGUCUUGAUAAAGAAAACGUCAUGCUACUGCUGGAACAUAAAGCAGACCCACAUACUCAAGAUCAGCAUUUCCAGACGACACUCCAUUUUGCUGGCCGCAAUACAAACAGUGAGGUUGUCAGAUUACUUCUGGAGAGAGGUGUUGAUUCCUUUGUGCAGGAUGACAGUGGAAUGACGGCUCUUCACUGUGCAGUAUUAAACUGCAACACUGAAAGUGUUGAGUUACUUCUGGAAAGAUGUCCAGUAAGGGAUAUACAAGAUCGAGAAGGAAAGACGCCACUUCACCAUGCAGCGGAAACAGAAUACACAAAUAUUGUUAAGCUUCUCUUAGAAAAAAACUUCGACCCCAGUGUACAAGACCGUUGUGGUGAAACAUCCCUUCACUAUGCAGCAAAGAGAGGGUAUAAUGAGAGUGUUGAGUUAAUUGUGGAAAAAGGUGUUGAUGUGUCUAUCAAAGACCAAGAAGGCAUGACAGCACUUCAUCAUGUGGCAGAUAUCAGUAAGGAAAGUGUUCAACUACUGCUGGUACAUGGUGCUGAUUCCAGUGCAAAGGAUCAUAUGGGGAGAACUCCUCUUCACCUGGCAACAGAAGGAGGAUGCAAUGAUAGUGUAAAGCUGCUUUUGGAGAAUGGUGCAGAUCCUUGUGGAAAGGAUGAUUUGGGCAAAACACCACUUCAAUAAGCAGCAAUUCACAAUGAAGAUAUCAUUAAUAUGUUGUUUGAGAAGGGUGCAAACGCACAUGUGCAGGACAAAGAAGGCAAAACGCCACUUCACUAUGCAUCAGAUUGUAAUUUGUGGAAUUGUGCUCAUCUGCUGUUAGAAAACGGAGCUGACCC